AUGUACUUCUUAAUAGCUAGCACUUUAGAAUUUAACUCGACUCUGGUUAUCAUUGAUCAGUCUCCCCAAGCCACAGUGGCAGCAGCAGCAGCAGAUACUUCCUCGACAUCUUCUCUCCAAGGCAAAGUACAUACUGUUUCAGUGACCUCUAAAAGGCCAGCAUCCCCAUCCCAGCACUCAACUAGAAAACAACGGAAAUUGUCAACGCCAUGUAGUGCUUUGGCUCUAGAAAAGAAUGCAGCUGAUAACACUGUUGUAUCAGUGGAUGUUCGCAAGGACUCAAGUGUGGGGAAGAAAACAAGAAAGAGAAAGUCGAGAGAUGAAGUGACUGAUGAACAACCUCGAGGGAAGGGGAAGCAGAUAGCAUUGGGUACAGAGCUGACUGAACAGGAUGGAGCAAGUCUAAAGAAGGCAGGGGCUGGGAGCCAGGACAAGAAUGAAAGCCAGGAAGAUCCACCCCUCGAGGUACUAGCCAACGCAGAGAAAUAUGUCACAGCUACACUUGACCUGGCUGGUGCAGGCAAUGUGACUGCAGUAGCUCCUCAAGGCUGGAAAGCGAUGUUGGGACUGUGGAUUGUGUACGAACAGAAGAAUGAUUUUGCUGGUCUGAAGAAGGGGCUGCCAGCUCGUGGACAUCCAGUGGCAGUCAGCGAUUGGAUUGCAUGUGCUCACCGCUCAGUAUGGCAACCAAAGAACGUGCCUUUGGGCACCAAUAUUAUUGCAGAGUGGUGGGGCUGGUGGUCUUUGGUUCAACCAGGAUGGUGA